AAGUUUUCAGCAACUUUUUAACCUCCAGAAACCUCUCGAACAAUUUUUGUACUCGGCCAAAGCAAUUUUUUUCAUAUUCCCUGAAUUUACGAGAGAAACAUCAUUAAAAUAAUAACACUAUGUCAACAAUUCAGCAACCACUCACAAUAGCUGGAAGCCGACAGUCUGGAGCACCAGUUCGCACUCAAAAUGUGAUGGCAGCAGCUUCCAUCGCUAAUAUUGUCAAAAGCUCUUUAGGACCAGUUGGUUUGGAUAAAAUGUUAGUAGAUGAUAUCGGUGAUGUGACAGUGACAAAUGAUGGAGCAACAAUUUUAAGACUUUUGGAAGUUGAACAUCCAGCUGCAAAAGUUCUUGUGGAAUUAGCUCAACUACAAGAUGAGGAAGUCGGUGAUGGAACAACUUCCGUUGUUAUUAUUGCUGCUGAACUUUUAAAAAAUGCUGAUGAACUUGUUAAGCAGAAGAUUCACCCAACGUCAAUCAUUUCUGGUUAUCGUCUUGCUUGUAAAGAAGCCUGCAAGUAUAUCUCUGAACAUCUUACAGCACCUGUUGAUGAAUUAGGUCGUGAUUGUCUUGUGAAUUGCGCAAAAACGUCGAUGAGCUCAAAAAUCAUCGGAGCUGAUUCCGAUUUCUUUGCUUCGAUGUGUGUCGACGCUGCACAAGCAAUUAAAAUCACAGAUCAAAGAGGAAAUCCCGCCUAUCCAAUCAAAGCUGUGAAUGUCUUGAAAGCUCAUGGAAAAUCAGCACGUGAAAGUGUAUUAAUUCAAGGAUAUGCGCUCAAUUGCACAGUUGCCUCUCAACAAAUGCCGAAAAAAAUCGUCAACGCUAAAAUCGCUUGUCUUGAUUUCUCCUUGCAAAAGACAAAAAUGAAGUUAGGCGUUCAAGUUCUCAUCACCGAUCCAGAGAAACUCGACGGUAUUCGUGCUCGUGAAUUGGACAUCACAAAAGAACGCAUUGAAAAGAUUCUCGCAACAGGCGUGAACGUUAUUUUGUGCAGUGGAGGUAUUGAUGAUCUCUGUAUGAAAUAUUUUGUCGAAUCAGGUUGCAUGGGCGUUCGUCGUGUUAAAAAAUCUGAUUUGAAGAGAAUUGCAAAAGCAACUGGUGCAAACUUCCUAACUUCAUUGUCGAAUAUGGACGGCGAAGAAAGCUUCGAUGCGUCGAUGAUUGGAGAAGCUGCUGAAGUUGUUCAAGAUGUCAUUUGCGAUGACGAAUUGAUUUUGAUCAAAGGACCAAAAGCACGAACUGCUGCUUCAAUUAUUCUUCGUGGUCCAAACGAUUUCUACUGCGAUGAAAUGGAACGUUCGGUUCAUGAUGCACUUUGUGUCGUUAAACGUGUUCUUGAAGGAAAGAAAGUCGUUGCUGGUGGUGGAUGCGUUGAAGCUGCCUUGUCAAUCUAUUUAGAGAACUUUGCAACAUCAUUGAGCUCACGUGAACAAUUGGCAAUUGCUGAAUUCGCUAAAUCACUUCUUGUGAUUCCAAAAACACUCGCCGUGAAUGCAGCAAAAGACGCCACCGAUCUCGUCGCUAAACUUCGUGCUUAUCACAAUUCCAGUCAAACGAAAAAAGAUCAUUCACAUUUGAAAUGGUAUGGCUUGGAUCUCGUUGAAGGCGUUGUGAAAGACAAUAAGAAAGCUGGCGUAUUGGAGCCAGCAAUGUCUAAAAUUAAGUCGCUUAAGUUCGCAACUGAAGCUGCAAUUACCAUUUUGCGUAUUGAUGACAUGAUCAAAUUAAAUCCCGAAGAUAAAUCUGGUGGAAAGAGUUACGCUGAUGCUUGUCAUGCUGGUGAACUCGACGAUUUUCACUUUACAAAGAAAAUUUGGUUUCAUCUGGAAAGUGAAUUGCUGAGAAAAAUGUCAGAGAUUGUCGGAGAAGUUGUGUCAAAUAUCCCAGCAUUGCCAGAAGAUUGGCAGGAACGUGAAGCUGAAUACCAGAAACAGAUUGCAAAUCUCAAGACGUUGAAUGAAAAGUUGAUUAAUUACAGUGAAGAAAAAUCAAAGAAGUUCGAGCAUGAUCUUCAAAAGCUGAAUCAUGAGAAAGAUGUCAUUCAGAAGCGACUUGAAAAGAUGGAAUUGGAUGAGUUAAGAGAAUCGGCAAGUGGUGUAAGUAAUAAGAAUAUUGAAGCUUUCAAGGAAAAGUACGAUGGCGUUCUGAGAAAAGCACAAGAUCUUCUUUUUGAAAGAACAAAAAUGUUGAAAUCAUUGGAGUUGAAAGUUGAAGCUCAGAAUAUUCAGAUUGAGUCAUUAAAAGAUGUUGUAUCGCUCACCAAAGACAUGCUGAUGAUUCGUGAUAUUGAAGUUCGUGAAUUAACAGAAAGAAUGGAAGCAAUGGAUGUCAAGUUCAAAGCUGAAAGAGCUCGAAAGAGUUUGAUGGAAAAGAAAAUGGAAUUAAGCGACAAGCUGACGUUAGAUUUGAAAGCUGAAUACAAAGCACAGAAAGAAAUCUUCAACAUAUUAAAAGAUCAAUAUAAAGAUAAAGUUGUGCGACUUGAGAAGGAAUUGAAAGAUUCGAAAUCAAGUGGAAUAGAAAAGGAAGAAAAUCCAUCGACAUCGACAAAGGAUGUGUAAUAAAAACCAUUUUUACUAAAUGAAUAAUAAAAAUUUAUUU